AGAAACCGCGAGAAUAAAACACGAGGAACAAGGAGAGUUCAUGGAAGAAAAAGAGGAGAAUACAGAAUCAAAUGAAGCUGAGGAGAAAAAUCUGGUCAAAACUGGAGGAAAACAUUUGAUUUGCUCUCAAACCAAACGGAAAGAUUUAAAGAAAAAAAGAGCCAAGAAGUUUUUCAACUGCACUCAGUGUGGAAAGAGAUUGAAACACCGAUUCAGUUUAAAGCGUCACAUGAGAAUUCAUACGGGAGAGAAACCAUUCACUUGUAAUCAGUGCGGGAAGAGUUUCAAACAAUCACCUAACUUCAAGAGUCACAUGAAAAUCCACACUGGAGAGAAGCAGCACGCAUGUUAUCAAUGUGGUAAAAUGUUUUUAUGGGCUUCACUUCUAAAGAAACACUUGAAAGUUCAUGCGAAAGAGAAACCACAUCCAUGUCAUUUGUGUGGUAAGAGUUUUUUGCAUCUACAAAGUUUGAAAGUACAUCAGAAAAUACAUACUGGUCUGAGAGAGUGCAUGUGCUUUGAGUGUGAAAAUACAUUUAGUUCAGUGAGUAGUUUAAAACUGCACGAAAGGAUCCACACUGGAGAGAAACCUUUCAAGUGUUCACACUGUGACAAGAGAUUUGGUCAGUCAGAACAUCAAAAAAUACAUGAGAGGAUCCACACUGGAGAGAAACCUUAUAAAUGUUUACACUGUGAGAAAAGAUUCAGUGUUUCAUCAAGUCUGAAAACACAUGAGAGGAUUCACACUGGAGAGAAACCUUAUAAGUGUGCACACUGUGACAAGAGAUUCAUUCAGUCAGUACAUCUAAAAAAACAUGAAAGGAUCCACACUGGAGAAAAACCUUAUAAAUGUUCACACUGUGACAAGAGAUUCAGUAAUUCAUCAAGUCUGAAAACACAUGAGAGGAUUCACACUGGAGAGAAACCUUAUAAGUGUUCACACUGUGAUAAGAGAUUCAGUAAUUCAUCAAGUCUGAAAACACAUGAGAGGAUUCACACUGGAGAGAAACCGUAUAAGUGUGCACACUGUGACAAGAAAUUUAAUCAGUUGGUAAGACUGAAAACACAUGAGAGGAUCCACACUGGAGAGAAACCUUAUAAGUGUUCUCAAUGUGACCAGAGAUUUAUUAAUUGGCCAAGUCUGAUAAGACACAAGAGGAUUCACACUGCAGAGAAACCUUAUAAAUGUUCACACUGUGACCAGAGAUUUCUUAAUUGGCUAAGUAUGAAAAAACACGAGAGGAUCCACACUGGAGAGAAACCUUAUAAGUGUUCUCACUGUGACCAGAGUUUUAAUCAUUUGACAAAUCUGAAAAAACAUGAGAGGAUCCACACUGGAGAGAAACCUCAUAAGUGUUCUCACUGUGACCAGAGAUUUAAUUAUUUGCCAAGUCUGAAAAAACAUGAGAGGAUUCACACUGGAGAGAAACCUUAUAAGUGUUCACACUGUGACAAGAGAUUCAGUGAUUCAUCAAGUCUGAAAACACAUGAGAGGAUUCACACUGGAGAGAAACCUUAUACAUGUUCAAACUGUGACAAGAGAUUCAGUAACUCAUCAAGUCUGAAAAAACAUGAGAGGAUCCACACUGGAGAGAAACCUCAUAAGUGUUCUCACUGUGACCAGAGAUUCAGUGAUUCAUCAAGUCUGAAAACACAUGAGAGGAUUCACACCGGAGAGAAACCUUAUAAGUGUGCACACUGUGACAAGAGAUUCAGUGUUUCAUCAAGUCUGAAAACACAUGAGAGGAUUCACUCUGGAGUGAAACCUUAUAAGUGUGCAUACUGUGACAAGAGAUUCAGUGAUUCAUCAAGUCUGAAAACACAUGAGAGGAUUCACACUGGUGAGAAACCCUAUAAGUGUGCACAGUGUGACAAGAGAUUCAGUGUUUCAUCAAGUCUGAAAACACAUGAGAGGAUUCACACUGGCGAGAAACCUUACAAGUGUGCACACUGUGACAAGAGAUUCAGUGAUUCAUCAAGUCUGAAAACACAUGAGAGGAGUCACACUAGAAAGAAACCUAAUAAGUCUUAACACUUUGACAAUAGAUUCAGUGAUUCAUCUGGCAUACCCCCCAGAAAGACAUGUUUAAAGACAUGGAACCCCCCCCCCCCAACACACAGACACACACCUACUUAUUCCUAAAAAUCAAGCCAAGAAAAACAUUCACUGAAUGGAGACAUCAACUAACAUUUGGACUUUGCAUUGACUAGGAUCACAGACUUGAGGAGUUCACACCUUGCUGAUGAACAGGGGGUCGUUUGGAUGGGAAUUUAACUCUAAACUAACUCAUGUUACAUUAUAUUCUGUUUCUCUAGAAACACGACCAUUGCACCAGUCACACUGAGACAUGUCAACAGAUACACAAUGAAAUUUUUUUUUAUAUAAUCGUUCUGCUUGAACCUGAGAGGGAAUGAUGGGUAAAUAAAGGACGUUUUGAAGAAAAAACAGAUGCAAAGAAAAGGAAAAAGUUUUCCCCCAUCUUCACUUUGAAAACAUGUAUUCGUAUUGUCUGUAUCUUGAGAGAUCAAAGUUUCUAAGGUCAUUUCAGCCUUUCACUUGUAACAGGCUAAGCGUUACUUGGGUUUUAUAUUGUAUUUUCCUUGUCUAUUGCCUAAAGAGUUGACAAGCGUAAUACCACUAGGACCUCUUGAGGGCACUAGUGAGUAAUUGUUACAGGAUAUCAGCCUGGUAGUCAGAGAGCAAGUGUGUUCAUUUGGUAGAGGGUAGUGGUGGAAAUUAUGAUUCUUUCUAGAGAUUCGUUAAUUUUCAGUUCGUUCACCAAAAUGAUU